UUUUUUAAAUUUUGUAUGAGUUCUAUAAACGACAAUAGUUUUAAUCGAACAAUAUCUGAUAGGCCAGCAGCUGAUAGAGAAUUUGGUGAAGAUGCAAGCUGGAAAAGAAUUCAACAAAAUACAUUUACGCGAUGGGUAAAUGAACAUCUAAAAACUGCUAAUAAACACAUUGGUAAUCUAGAGACCGAUUUAUCAGAUGGACUAAGGUUACUAUCACUCAUCGAAGUUUUAUCUGGGAAAAAAAUUCUCAAAUACAAUAAACGACCAACAUUUCGUUCGCAAAAACUGGAAAAUGUGUCAAUGUCUCUAAAUUUUCUUGGGACAGAAGAAGGAAUAAAAAUUGUAAAUAUAGAUAGUACGGAUAUUAUUGAUUGCAACCUCAAACUAAUUCUGGGACUUGUAUGGAUGCUUAUCUUGCAUUAUUCCAUAACUAUUCCCUCUUGGGACAAUGAAGAAAUUGUAGAAACAUCCCCAAAGAAAAAGGGGCAUGAGCCAACACCAAAACAGAAAUUACUGACUUGGAUUCAAAGUAGAAUUCCUGAUAUCACCAUAACAAAUUUCACAUCAGAUUGGAAUGAUGGCAAGGCUAUUGGAGCUUUAGUAGAUGCUGUAGCACCAGGUCUUUGCCCUGAUUGGCCCGAUUGGGAUAGUUCGAAUUCAUUGGAUAACACGAUCGAGGCUAUGCAGUUGGCCGAGGAAUAUUUGAACGUUCCGCAAUUGAUCAAACCUCAAGAGAUGGUUAAUAAGAACGUUGACGAGCUUAGCAUGAUGACUUAUCUCUCCCAAUUUCCGAGCGCUAGGGUUAAGCCGAGCGCCCCGCUAAGACCUAGGACCAACCCUUCUAAGGUCAGGGUCUACGGAGCCGGGAUAGAACCCAUAGGCGUAACGGCUGGGUGCGCCACAAAUUUUACGGUGGAAACGUUCAGCGCGGGCAGGGGCAAAGUCGACGUCAGCGUAAAGAAUAUCACCGAAAAUUUGGAAGCUCCGGUGGAUCUAAAAUUCAACAACGAUAAAAAUUUGACCUACACUUGCAUUUACACUCCUCCGCUCAAAGGAACUCACUUGAUUGACGUCAAAUUCGCUAACAAGGAAGUAGCCAAAAGCCCUUUCAAAGUUUUCGUGGAGGAAAUGAAAGUCGAGCCUUCCAAGUGCGUGGCGGAAGGGCCGGCCCUGCAAGGAGACCUUAAAGCGGGAGUCGCAACUUUUUUCAAGGUGUACACUAAAGAGGCUGGUGUCGGAGUACUAGAUUGCUAUGGUCAGCAAGACGGUGUCCUGAAUGACGAGGGCGCGCCUCUCCCUUUGGUGGUUGGUAUCAAAAGGCUAUCGGAGCACGAGUACCUGUGCGAGUUCGAACCCCAAACUUCCGGAUCUUUACUCCUGCACGUGACCUUUUCCGGUGUUCCCAUUCCUAAUUUUCCGGCACGUUUGACCGUUCAGCCAUUUAUAGACCUAUCUAAAUUCUCCUUGUCUGGGCGCGGUGUUCAAGCCAGAGGAAUCCGCUCCAAGGAUACGGUUACAUUCGCCGUUCAUUAUCCGCAGGAAAUAGAGGCGUCUCUCAUUCAGUCCAAAAUACUUAAUCCAAGCAACUUUUCCCUACCUACGCUACGUAAAUUAGACGCUAACGUCAACAAGGAACGAGUUCACUCGAAAUCUAUCCACGACGGAAAUAGUUUGGAAAACGUAUUUAAACUUCCCAACGCGGUAGUCGAGUUCGAAUACAGUCCCGUUACCGUAGGGGUUCAUAGCCUGGAAAUCUGUUGCGGCGGUAAAAGCCUACCCAAGACUCCCCUUCAGAUCGAAGUAAUGCCUCACAAGGAGUCUGCUAUUAAGGCUUACGGACCGGGUUUGAUUGGGGGUAUAGUGGGCCACGGGGCAAAAUUUACCGUGGAAACUAACGGCGAAACAGGAGCUUUGGGGUUUGCCGUUGAAGGUCCGUCGCGUACCGUUAUAGACUGCGCUGAUGUUGGGCGAGGAGCAGCUGAUGUUCGUUACGUGCCUAUGGCAAAAGGGGAGUACGCCAUUAGGGUUCUUUGCGACGACCAGGACAUUCCUGGAAGUCCAUUUACCGCGAACGUUAUAGAAGAUCCCGGAGACGCCUUGGAAGAGUCGGAUCUUAUAAAAGUUUAUGGAGCCGGCAUCCAUAAUGUAAUCGCUGGCGAUUCGCCCCAGUCGAUUCCUAGUUCGCAAUCAUUUCAGGAAUUCUACGUGGAUUACUCGGCUUUGAAGCGCAUCGCCAAUCUCCCUAAACCGUUAAUCCAGCUGUUCAGUCCGGAUCAUGAUGCUACGCCGGUCCAGAUAAUCUACGAUCAGCUGGCUCGAAAGUUCAUUUGCAAAUACGUGGCCGGAAAGAAAGGGACUUACCUUUUGUACGUCAAUCAUAGAGGCGCCGAUCUCAAGGAUAGUCCUUGGAGGAUUAACGUGAAAGACCCAUCGAUCCCCGGCAACGUUAAGGUGAGCGGUCAAGCUUUGAGUUCGCCAAUCAAAUUGGGGGAGCUAUGCGAAAUUUAUAUCGACACGUCUUCUGCGGGCAGCGGAGAAUUGAACGUUGUUGUCGAAGAUAGCAAGCGACAAAUCCUUAAAACGUCUCUUAAGUCUUGCAAGAUCAAUCCAGCCGAUACCGGAAUAGCUGAAAAUCACGUGGUCGAAUUUUUGCCACGAGAUAUUGGGACUCAUUGGGUCAAUGUCUACUUCGAUCAGGUCAAAGUGGUCGGCAGUCCCUUUCAAGUAAAUGUUGAACAUCGAUUGGAAAUUUCCGCGAUCAAGAUCUUGGAUCUAGAACCUAAAGUGUUGAUCGGUUCGGCGGCCGAAAUAACGGUAGACGCUACCGCCAUCGAAAAAGAUCCUAUCAGCGCGGGUCCCGCUAACGUGAUGGAGAAUUCUACCCCCGUCAAAUGCCUUAUACACUUCCCCAGCACUGAUAAGUACUUCGAAGCUUACGUGGAAAGAAAACGUCGCGGAAUCUAUGUCGUGUAUUUCAAUCCCAAAGAAGAAGGUGUAUACGCGUUAGAUUUUUCCUACGAUGACAUAUCGAUAUUGCCAAAGGCGUUCGAGGUUACGGCCAAGAUUGGAUGCGACCCUUCAAAAGUUAAAGCAUCCGGUCCAGGUCUGAUCCGGGGUACAGUGAACGCCCCUUGCGUUUUCGCCGUAGAUACCCGCAAAGCAGGGAGGGGUGGAUUGGGACUCACUAUAGAAGGACCAUCGGAAGCUAAAAUGAAUUGCGGAGAUAAUAGGGAUGGUACUUGUUCCGUGGCCUAUUAUCCGACUGCCGUUGGCGAAUACGAAGUGUCUAUCAAGUUUGACGAGAUUCACGUGACAGGUUCACCCUUCACUUCUAAAAUAUAUGACCACGUUGAUUACGAUAAGAUCGUUGCCAGAGGGCCUGGCUUAUUACCCAGAAAUUUUAGGUCCGGUGUGCCUAGCAAAUUUAUAGUGGAUGCAUCUAGAACCGGCUCGGGUAUUUUGAAGGUCGCCUUAAUGGACGCCAAGAGAGGUGUGUUGUGUCCGAUUCAACCUACGAUCCAUCCCAUACGGCCCGAUAUUCCGGGCAUAGUUAUAUCUCCGUCCCCUUCCCCGACUGAAGCCUUUUCACCGGAUCUUAACGAGUACAACCCUAAUCGUUCGGGGACGGCCGGAAUUAAACGCUACAACAAGGGACUGGAAAAUGUAUACGAAGUCACAGUAGUACCCCCUGCCUUCUCUCCCAUUCUCUCGAAUGAAACUGGCGCUGGCGCUGCUAUCAACAACGCCCGUGGAACUGCGAUUACGAAGACGGAUUCCUAUUUACAAGGACUCCAGGAGGAAUACGUGCUCUCCGUCAAAUACAACGAGUUAGAAAUCCCAAAUUUCCCGAAACGUUUAGCCCUCCUGCCAGCCUUCGAACCCGAAAAGGUUAAGAUCAUGGGGCCAGCCUUCAUGAUGGGCCUAUGCACCAAUAAGGACGCUCGAUUCGAAGAUUUCGAUUUCUCCGAUUUGGGUGGAUUGAAGAAAUUAUUUAGCGGUAUAGAAGGAGCGGGAAAAGGGAAAGUUUACGCCUCGCUUCCGUCUCAUCUUUGUAUCGAUGCCAGCCAGGCGGGCGUAGCGGAUAUAGAUGUCGUAGUGCAGGAUCCUCAGGGCAGACGACUCCCAGUUCACCUAUCCUCCCCUCGUACCAAUAAACUCGCUACCACGUGGCAUAACAAUCACGUGUUAGAGGCUGACGACGAUUCUGGCCUGUCCUAUUACCGAUUUACGCCGCACGUAACUGGGCAUCACGUGGUUAAUGUAGCUUAUUUAGGAUACGCCGAAAUGUCACGUUUGGAAUUCGAAGCUUGGCCCGUAGGAAUGGCUGAAAAGGCGACCGUGCUAGAAAAUUUCCCUCGCGAUACCAAACCUAUAAGGAUCAAAAAGAAAUGGGAGCAGUGCUUCAAAGUGGACGCUUCAAAAUCUAGCCUGAUUACGGACGACGUCACCGCUAAAAUCACCUGCUUAGCCACCCGCCAAAAAAAGAACGCCGGCUCGAUAUCUCCUCUCGCCGAAAAAUAUUCCUCCGUUAACGUGCUAGAGGAAUGUUCGGACGUGGUGGAUAACCUGGACGGGACCUUUACGGUUUUUCUGAAUUUUGACGACGUCGGAUUUUAUAAAGUCGAAACGAAUUACGGAGGUCGGCCCGUGCCUAAAGGGGACUUUGAAUUUUUGGUGGAAGAUUGGAGCGAUGAGGAGUCCUCCUACCACCAAUUGAUCGAAGAGGAAAGGUAUUUCAAACAAUUGACUCAAUUCGCCGAAUUCAGGACUGUCGAGUUCACGUUGCCGCCCUUACCUUUCGCCAAUUCGGACGAUAUGAUAGACGUGCUGCCUUAUCUCGCCCUGACAGCGGAGAUUAAAGGCCCCAGCGGAAAAUUAGGCCUUCCCAAGGUGACCAGCAACACCGACGGAACUAUCAACCUCAAAUAUCACCCUACCGAAGCGGGUUUGCACGAAAUCGAUAUCAAGUUCGAGAAGGAACCUGUCCAAGGAAGCCCUUAUCAGUUUUACGUGGAUAGAAUCAAAGAUUCAAAUAUUACGGCAUGGGGACCCGGUUUAUCCUAUGGCCAGGCCAACGAGGCUUGCAACUUCACGGUCGUAACGAAAGAUGGGCAAGCCGGCGGCUUGGAUACGACAGUGGAGGGCCCCUCUAAGACCGAGAUAACGUGUCACGACAAUAAGGACGGUUCUUGCGGCGUGACGUACGUGCCCAAUCGUCAGGGAGUAUACAAAGUCAACGUCAAGUUCAACAAUAAGCACAUAUCCGGCAGCCCCUUUACCGUAAAAAUCACGGGCGAGGGGAGCAAAAGAAGCCAGCUUGCUAGCAGUGCCAACGAGAUUUCGCUCGCCAUAGAUAUAGAUGACAUUAAGAGCCUGCGAACGACCAUAACUACGCCCGCGGGCGUCGAAGACGUGUGCCUUGUUAGAGCUUUAUCCAACGGGAAUAUAGGGGUCUCUUUCACGCCACACGAGGUGGGUCAACACCUGAUAAACAUCAGGAAAGGCGGCGACCAUAUCAAGGAUAGUCCCUUCAAGGUGGACAUCAAGCAGAGCGAUUUGGGCGACGCUUCUAAGGUCAAGGUUUCGGGACCGGCCCUGAAAGUAGGCCAAACCCAGGAGUCUAACAAGUUCACCGUGGAUACCAAAACUGCCGGCUAUGGUAAUCUGAGCGUUUCUCUCGAAGGCCCUAGCCGGGCCGAGAUCGAUUGCCACGAUAAUCACGAUGGCACAUCCGAUUUUUUCUACGUCGUCAAGCAACCAGGACAGUACUCUCUCAACCUUCGGUUCGCGGAUAAUCACGUUCCUGGGAGUCCUUUCAGCAUAAAGGUUCAAGGGAAAGGCUCGGACGCUAUUAAUGAAGCUAUCAAGAAGAAUCAGAAGGCAGCCGAAUCCACUCACGUAGACAGUCAGUGCGAAUUGAAUCUGAAAUUGUUGGAUUGCGACCCAUUCGAUUUAACGGCUCAAGUCACUUCCCCUUCCGGCACCAUCGAGGAUUGCGAGAUCAUCAAUCUUAACGAAGGAAAAUUCAGCAUUAGGUUCAAAGCUAAGGAACUCGGCCAACACAGCAUCUCCGUUAAAAUCAAGGGAAAUCACAUCAAAGGAAGUCCUUUACCUUUUACGGUCGGCGAAAUCGUGAGGAAUGACGGCGGAACGGGAGCGCACAAGGUUAAAGCUUACGGACCUGGAUUGGAACAAGCCGAGGCUAAUCGCAAAACCGAUUUCAACAUAACCACCCACGAAGCUGGGCAAGGUACUUUGGGCGUUAUGAUCCAAGGGCCAGGAAAAUCGGAUAUUCAAUACGAAGACCUGGGGAAUGGGUGCGCGGCUAUUGAAUACGUUUGUAAAGAGGUAGGAGAAUACAUUGUCAAUGUAACCUUCAACGACAAAGCCGUGCCGGAUAGUCCCUUUCACGUGUUUGUGGCGCCUCCCAUGGGCGACGCGCAUAAGAUAACCGUUUCCGCGCUGGAGGAGCGCGUUUCUGCCGCCAUUCUCGACAAACCGGUCACCUUCAACGUCAACAUGAACGGAGUUAAGGGUCACCUCGACGCGAAAGUGGUGGGCCCAUCAGGUCAAGAGGAUGACUGCGCGUUAAUGCCCUCGGGACCGGAUAGCUAUAUGGUUAGAUUCGUCCCCAAGAUGAAAGGGACUCAUUACGUAAACGUCAAAUUCAAUCACGUGCACAUCCGGCAUUCUCCCUUCAGGAUUAGGGUCGGUAAGGAUAUAGAGGGCGAUCCCGUGAAGGUUCACGUCUCCGGAACGGGAUUGACACACCCUAAAUUGAACGUCAUGAACGAGUUUAUGGUGAACACCGCGGAUUCUGGUGCCGGCGUUUUAGCCGUCAAUAUUGACGGACCUAGCAAAGCCGAAGUCAGUUUCAAAGAGGAAGCGGAAGGAUACAAGGUGAUGUGGCUUCCUAAAAUUCCGGGAAAUUAUUAUUUAGCUAUCAAAUUCAGUGGACAUCACAUAACGGGAAGCCCGUUUAAGACCGUUGUUGAAGGUAAGAAGCCCCCCGGACAUGGCGAUAGAAGAGAGAGUACUGCCUUAGUCGUCGAGACGGUCACCAAGACUAGCUCUAACAAGAGCGAAAUUUCUUUGCCCAAGUUCCACUCCGACGCUACCAAAGUUGAAACUAGGGGUAUAGGCCUACAAAAGGCGUUUAUCAAUAAGCAAAAUUCGUUCAACGUUAAUUGCAGCAAAGCUGGUUCAGACUCAUUUUUGAUGGUUGGAAUUUACGGCCGCGGUCAUCCCCAUUCCAUUUCUAACGGAUCUUUGGUUAAUGGCGAUAUUCAUCCCGACAACGAAAGCGAAACUUGGACUAAUUCGUUCAACCAAUACCGCGCGAAAUGCGAAACCCUCAACGUAAACCACGUGGGUUCCGACAUUUAUACCGUUUCUUACGAAAUCAAGAUUCCCGGCGACUAUUUAAUUUUCGUCAAAUGGGGCGAUGCUCACGUGCCCGGUUCUCCUUUCGAGAUUCGGGCUUCUUAAUUUUCGAAAAUAUGCAUUAUAAACACGCAACACGAAACAUAAAUUCCCAUUUAAUUUAAACGAUUUUUUUUUAUCUUGAAGCAAAUUAGGUUUAGGAUUUUUUUUUCCAUCGAGUUAUUUUAUUUUUUAUCCUAUAUAUCAUUUAAACGUAUUGGGGAAUUCAUCUAUAUUUAUUAUUACUAUAUAUGCCAAUCAUAUUACUACAUAUGCCAAUCUAUUUGAUUUUUAAAUUUUCUCACUUUUGAAAUAAAUAUAUAUAUAUAUAAUUUUUUUUUGCAACCAUAUUUUAAAUUUAAUAUACUCCCUUCGUUGCCAUGUUUUAACUUCAUUUUUUUUGAAUUCAUAAGAAGAAAUAUAUAUAUAUAUAAAUAAAUAAAAACAAAAAAUAUAAUUUUA